UAUGACUUAAAAUCUACAGGACUAUGCUUAAUAACUAGUGAAUAUCUCAAUAUCUGAUGAUGAAGAUAUAAUCGAUUGUUCACCUAUGAGAUAAUCUAAUUUUUAAAAUGUUAUUACAUAAGGUUAACCCUCUGGCAAAAAAUCAUUAGCAGCUUCUAUCAAACCAAAAUCUACUGCUUCAAAAACAACUAAAAGUAUGAUAACCUAGUAUGAUUUAAGAAUCAAUUGGAACUAAAUCAACAAAGGAUAAAGCUAAAGAAAUGAAAGAGCAAUUUGAGGAAUAAGCUAAAUAACUAAAAUGGUAUUAAGAAGAGUAUUAAAGAUUGAAAGAUUAAAAGAAAUAAUUAAAGGAAGAGAAAACCCAAUAUGUAUUUAUUAUAUUUAUAAACAAUAGCUUCUAACGAUCAAUACUUGUAAAACAAAGUUAGAAUAGAGUGUAGGAAAUGAAAAGAAACUUCAUUAAUAAUUGAAUGAAUAGAUGAAUGUUACAAGAUAAGCAUUAAAAUAAGCAAGUGAUGCCUAAAUAAAUCUAGAAUAGAAUAAAUAAAAUUACUUAUAAUAAUAAUAGAUGGAUGAUUUAGUCAAAUAGAGAUAAAAAGAGGAAUUAGAAUAUUAAUAUUAAAAGAAACUUGAUCAAUCAGUUAAAUAAGCAAUUACUGAUGCUGAGAGUAAAUAUGAAUUGAGAAUUCAUUAAAUGAAUAAGGAACUAGAUAUUUUGAGAUAAGAAAAUAUUGAACUACAUAAAAAACUAAUGUAAAACGAAACAAAUAAAAAACAUAUUUAUGUAUAAAGCGAAUUAGAUUAGUUGAAAACUAAAUACUUGACUACAAAAUGA